AUGCGUUUCUACAAGCGCAAGAUCACCGUCAACGACAAUGCUGUCACGAGCGCCGUAAACUUAACACUGCGCCAGUCUCUGCUACCUAAUGCCCUAGUAACAAUUCUGUUCUUCCUCUGGGGUUUCGCAUACGGACUCCUCGACGUGCUCAACUCGCAUUUCCAGACGACGUUAAACAUCACCGCCAGCAAGUCCAGCGGUCUGCAGGCAUCAUACUUUGGGGCAUAUUUCGUCUGCCCUUUGACGAUCUCGGGAUGGAUUAAUCGCAGAUUCGGGUUUCGUGUGACCUUCAUGACAGGCCUUACAACUCUGGCCGUCGGCUGCCUCCUCUUCUGGCCGAGUGGCGUGAAGAAAUCAUUUGGUGGAUUCUGCGGCAGCAUGUUUGUCGUCGGAGCCGGCCUCUCAACCCUUGAAACCGCCGCAGACCCAUUCCUCGCCAUCUGCGGACCCCCUCGCUACAGCGAAAUCCGACUGAACCUCGCACAAGCCGUGCAAGGCGUCGGAACCUUCGUCGCACCCCUCCUCGCAACCCGCGUCUUCUUCGCAAACACAGUCGACACAGACCAGGGCCUCGAGAACGUACAAUGGGUAUACCUCGGUGUAGCCGGCUUCGUAGGACUGUUGAUAAUCCUGUUCUUCCUGGCCCCGUUCCCUGAAAUCACCGAUGCAGACCAGCAGGCGCUCGAGAGCAUGAUCACCGACGGUGGAGAGGAGAGCCCGCCGCUGAAGAAACAGUAUAACCUCUUCCUAGGCGUGUGGAGCCAGUUUUGCUAUGUCGGCGCGCAGAUUGCCCUCGCUGGGUAUUUUAUCAAUUUCUGCCUUGAGGCCGGGUAUUCGUCUGCUAUGUCUUCCGACCUUCUCGCCAUCGCGCAGGGGUUGUAUGCAGCGAAUAGGUUCAUUGCGACCGGGCUGAUGAUGAUGAAGGUGUUCAAGCCGCGGUAUAUGCUAACAGUGUAUCUCGGUCUGUGCGUUGUCUUUGCGAUCGCAGCGAUGAACACGACCGGCGCGGCGUCUGUCGCGCUCUGUAUUCUUGUUUUCUGCUUUGAAUCGUGCUGCUUCGCAACGAUCUUCUCCCUCGCGCUGCGCGGUCUCGGGAGACAUACAAAGGUCGGGGGAUCGUUCCUCGUCGCUGCGAUUUCAGGAGGGACUGUAUUUCCGCCUAUGAUGGGUGCUGUUGUGACGAACAAAAACGCGCAUCUGGCUAUGGCGAUUCCGAUGAUGGGGUAUAUCCUCGCGUUUAUCUUCCCGGUGUAUGUGAAUGUCUUUAAGAAGGAUACUAUGGAUAUGCAUCGCAAUACAGGGAUUAAUGUUGAUGUGCCGGUUGGGAAGGAGAUUGAGCUUGAGCGUGCGGAUGCUGAGCAGGUGGAUCGUGUUGAAAGGCAGUGA